AUGUACUGUCGCGCUUGUUUACGCCGAUUAUUUGUUGGAGCAGUUCUCCUUCUGUUAAUUUACUUUAUUGUUUUCCGACGUCGUUCUUCACGCGUGUUUUUGACUGAAAGAGAUCUGAAUCAUUUUUCAAGACAAACGGUUUCUCAACGCCGAAUUCCACGCAUCAUCCAUCAAACAUGGAGAACACAUCGUGUGCCUGAACGAUGGAAUCGCACGGUUGAAUCUGUACGUCGAUACAAUGCUUUGCAAUUCGAAUAUCGUCUUUGGACUGAUGACGAUAUUCAUGAGUUUGUUCGUGAAAACGAAGCAGAUUUCUAUCAACAUACUUUCGUAAAAUAUCCAUUGAACAUUCAACGCGUUGACGCGUUUCGUUAUGUCGUUCUGUACCAUCUAGGUGGGAUUUACAUUGAUAUGGAUAAUGGUUGCUCUCAGUCGUUUGAAAGUCUUUUGGGUGCUUUGGAAGCACUCGAUCCUCAAUCAACGCAUCUCGCAGCAUUUCCUCGUACUAGUCCUAUUGGUAUUUCCAAUGGUUUCAUGAUCUCAACACAAGGUCAUCCAUUAUUCUACAUUCUCAUUUCACGUCUUUUGCUUUUCAACCAUAACUAUCUCAUUGAUUAUUUAACAGUAAUGAUGACAACUGGUCCAACGUAUCUCUCAAUCAAUGAAUUUUAUUUUAGUUCAGAAUCAGCUAUUGUGCGCGUCAUUGAUGAAAUUGUCUAUUCAUCUAUAUAUACGUGGCAUACACCAGGUAAUUCCUGGCAUGGGCGGGAUGCGCAAUGGAUUCUGUAUAUUUAUCAUACAAUAAGAAAACUGUCUCGGACGAAAUUGACUUGUGUCGUACUGAUAUUUGCUUUUGCUAUUCUGUUAAUUUUCUGUCGACGUCGCAAAAGUCGUUAG